UGAAAUAUAUUUGCAUCAAAACCGUGAAUAGAUGUAGGAUAACACAUAAACGUGUUUACUGGUGUUCUGUUUAAAAAUUCCGAUUGUAUUGACGCUCGUGAAUACAUUGAAUAGAUAAGAUAGAUAGAAUAACACAAACAAGAAGAAAUGGCCUCGGCUGCUACAUCACCGACGGAAGACGAUGAAUUAACAUUACCGCGUGCAUCGAUCAACAAGAUAAUCAAAGAAAUUUUACCACAUGUACGCGUAGCAAACGAAUCCCGGGAAUUGAUAUUAAAUUGUUGCACAGAAUUUAUUCAUUUAGUUUCUUCCGAGGCGAAUGAAAUUUGUAAUCAACAACAGAAGAAAACCAUUAACGCUGAACAUAUUCUUCAAGCACUUGAAAAACUUGGAUUUGGAGAUUAUAGCGUAGAAGCUGAGGCGGUUCUACGAGAUUGCAAAGCUGUCGCUGCUAAACGAAGACGUCAGAGUACUAGAUUAGAAAAUUUGGGAAUUCCGGAAGAAGAACUUCUUAGACAACAACAAGAAUUAUUUGCAAAAGCAAGAGAGGAACAAGCAGUUGCUGAACAACAACAGUGGCAACAAUUACAAGCAGUUGCAAAAAUGACCUCGAUGUUACAGUCUGAUAGUGAACAAGAAGAUUACUCGUAAAUGAAGUUUACUCUAUUCGAUUUGUCAAUGUAUUUCGUCGAGAUCGAUUGGAAACGAAUAAGACACAAUUUCUAAAUAGUGUAGCAAAUUUUGGAUAAUUAUAAUAAUGUAUAUUACUCUAA